AUGAACUUGAUCUUUUACUUGAUGUACUGAAUUCUGGUGUCAUCCAUUUCAGCAUAACAUACACACAUGUCAACCGACAAGGUCGACAUCUCCCUACAAUCUACUGGAUCACAACCAGACAUUUCACUCGGCUCGCUCGACUCUAGCUUCUCUCCACCUCAACUGCCAUCUAAUACGUCCAACACAAAUCCUUUGGCCACUCCCGUUGUCCAACAAAAGGGUGAUCAUUCACGGAGAAAUAUUGGCGCGUCAACUUAUUUCGACGAGACGGAUGGCGACUUUCUAGAUACCCCGGAUACCGAAAAGCAACGAUGGGGUGACGGCGCCACCGAAACGCCAACUGCGCUACGCGCAAAACGCAAAUCUGGUGCCAAGGGUGCUCUUACUCUCAGAGAUCAGGAAAAGCACAUCGACCAUCUCAAGAAGGAGAACUUUGACAUCAAGAUAAAAUGCCACUUCCUCGAGGAACGUCUCGCGCAGUUGGCCCCCGACCAAAUGGAUGCCGCCCUCAAACAGAACAUCGAUCUCAAGAUAGAGCUUUCAGCGCGUGGUCAGGAAAUCAAACGGCUGAAGAAGCUCCUUCUCGAACUUGAGCGAGAGCUGGAGAGGAUGCAGCGUGGUGCAGGUGGUGCUCGUGGCCGAGAAAGAGAUCUGGAGGAGAAACUGGAGGAACGGGAUCGCGAGAUCCGAGAAUUACGGCGGCGACAGCAGCAGCAGAAUGGGCACGGACAUGACAAACGGACUGCUGAACUGGAGGGGCAACUGGAGGACGCUCGGGACUUGCUGGAAGAGAACAACGCGGAGAUUGAGCGUCUGAGGGAUAUGGUAGAGCGUGGUGGAAAUGCCGGGGACAGUCAGUUGAAGCAGCGCGUUGCUGAGCUAGAGGCGGCCAAUACAGAGUGGCAGCAACGAAUGCAAAAUAUGGCAGACGACCAUGAUGAAGAGAAGCAGGAGUUGAUUGGAUCGAUAGAGUCGAUGGGCCUGAAGAUCGAGAAACUCCAGCACAGGAACGAGGCGCAGAUGCAGGAGAGGAGCGAGAGUCGUGCUAUGGUGCUUGAUGAGCGGGAGCACAGAGAGGCCGUUGAGGACGAUUUGAACCAAGUCAAAGAUCGCUUAGCCGCUGCAUUGAUUGAGCUUCAGCAAAAGGACGACGAAAUCGAUUUGAAGAACGAGGAACUGGAUAACUUGGUCGCUCAGCAUGAGACCAUAGUUGAACAGUGGCGCGGCGAGGUAGAAGAGACGAGAAAUCAGGUAGAAGAGUUACGGGACGUCCUCGCUGAACGUGAUGCUGAAUCGAAAGAUCUGCGACUCAACAUCAACGAACUGGAGGCCAAUACCGAGGAUCUGCAUACCAAGUUCGAAGCUGCAUUGGCUCAUCUGGAGCACGAGGCAGAGGAGAAGGACAGUGAGAUCGAGACAUUAACCGAGGCUGUCAAGGAACUUGGUGAACAGGUCUACAAUUUGGAGGAUGAGCGGGAUCGCAUACGCGACGAGGCAGAUCGGCUACGGGAGGAUGAUGAUGCGGAGAGGGACCGUUUGGAGGCUAUUCAGACUGCACUCAAAGAGAAACUAUCCCAGGUAAAAGCUCAAUACGAGACAUGUAGUCAAGAAAUACAUGCGCAUCGUGCCCGGCAAGAGGAGCUCGCACAACACGUCGAGGAGUUGGUUGAAGAGGUUGAGUGUGAACGUGAGGCACGGGAACGGUCGGAGAACGUGUUGGAGGAGGUCGAGAAGAAGUGUGAAACUGAUCUACGACGCGAGCGAAGAGCGCUGGAGGCGAAAGAAAGCGCUCUCCAGAGUGCGUUGAACGAUCUUUCGCGCGCGCAGUCACUCUUGAGCCAAAGGGAGACGGAUCUCCAGGCUGUUCAGGUUGCUUUGCAGAUGCUGGAGUCUGAGUCUAAGCGUGCCGGAGAGACCCACACGACGGCACAAUUCUCCUUGCAGCUCGAGGUCGAUCGUCUCAAACGAGACCUUGAGCGGGUUGAGGACGAAUUGGCUAGGGCGAGAAAGGAACUUAGCGAGAGGGAGAGCAAGAGUCGCGAUCGAGACAGUGACUUGGAUAAGUUGCAUGGAGACAACAGGGAGCUGUCUACGCAGCUUGCGGCUCAGACUCAGGCUCGCCUGAACAUUUCUGAGAAAUUAGACAUGGUACAGAGUAAUCUACGCGCGUCGGAAGGAGAGGUUGCCACGUUCAAGGCUAGAAUUACGGAGUUGGAGGCGAGGUUAGGGAAGGACCAACGGUCAUUGUUGAAUGCGGAGAGCCAGUAUCGGGAUCAGCUCACGGAGAGAAACACGUUAUUGUUGACGAUCUAUCAAUACAUGGACAAGAUACUGGGCGUUGAUAAGACACCGAAAAAGGGUGGGCACGCGGAGACAAAGCCGUUCACGAAUUUCAGUGUCUUCCACGACAAUCUGAUAACUCGGCUGAAGGCGCUGAGUCAGAUUGAGCUGGAUUUUGACAAGCGGUGUAAAGAGGUAGAGGGUCGGUAUACAGAGAAGCUUACAGACAUGCGGAAGCAGCUUGAUGGACGGUGGAAGCAGAUUGACAAGUUCGAGGCGAGCAUCAAAGCGUAUGCCGAGGUCAAAGCUGGAUGGCGGCGUAAGUUCAGCGCAAAGGAGGGUGAGCUGGAGGCAAUCAAGACAACGAAUGCCGAUAUGGUGACACAGCUGGCGAGCAUGAGGCGUCCGGGUCAAACAGACUCGAUGGAAAUGCGCUCCCUGAGCACGCGUGCUGUGAAUGCUGAACGACGGCUGAACAAUACGCAGAAUCAGUUAUUAGCAACAGAGGAGAAGAUGGCACAGAUGAGUCAGAAGAGCUCAGCGGCAGACGCAAAGUGGGAGGCAAGGGUGAAGGAGUACGAGACGCGGCUGAAGGCUGCUGAAGAGAGGGUAAAGAGAGAAAGACAGGGCGGUAAGGAAAGAGUUGCGGAACUGGAGAGUAAUAUCAAGGCCCUGCAACGGCAGUUGGAUCUAGCACAGAGGAGAAGUCACCAACUGAACGAUGUCAUUGAUGCUAAUAGGGCAGCCGGUUCUCCUGGCAGUAAUUUCUAACGAUAGUCAUGCUUCUCUGAUUGCCAUUACAUAGUGUAUAUUGUAUCGAUUGGGAUAAUUGUAUUUUAGUUUGACUCAGG